AUGCAAAUAAGUCCUAAACAUAUAGAGUUUGAGCCACCGUUCACGACCUCGGCCACGAGCUCCAUCACAAUCACCAACGAUUCGCAAACCAGUAUCGCUUUCAAAGUGAAAACCACAGCCCCAAAGCUUUACUGCGUGCGUCCUAAUGCCUCGAUCGUCAAGCCUGGAUCGAGCAUGGAUGUGUCUAUCAUAUUUCAGGGACUUCCAAAGGAGCCUGCGAUUGGCACCAAGUGCAAAGAUAAAUUCCUGAUCGUUUCCGUCCCAUGCUCCGAUGAUCUCGAUCCAAAAUCCGUUUCCACCAUAUGGCCCGAGCUUCAAUCCCAAGCGGGCUCCACCACUGAUGUGAAGGUCAAGGUGGUCUUUAACUACAGUAGCUUGACCAACACUAUCCAGGAAGAAUCUUCACAGCAAUCUAAAUCAGACGAUAGGGACACCGCUGUGUUGGCAGCUGCUCCAUUGGCCAAUGGCUACAGUGGCUCAGAUGAAAAACCCGUCUCCGAAAAGAAAGCGGUGAGUUCCGACGAUGUGUUACCAGAGACCAUGCCUUUGGCCCCAGCUACCACUGACAACAAAGAAGCUGCUGCAGCCGUUGCUCCAGCUAAGCAGGAACCUGCUACUACUUCUACUUCUUCUUCCAACGUGUACGUUGUGGCCGUGCUCUUAGUUAUUCUGGCUGUUUUGUACGCAAAGUUCCUGCUGUGA